CACGCGGCGGCAGGGUAUAAAGAGGCGGCGCCGAGCGAUACUCCAGCGGCAGAGGCAGCUCCGGCAGCGGAGAGAGAGACGCGCGGCGCGGACCGAACGCAGGGACGUAGCCGGCCCCUCUUCGCCUUCUCCCGCAGGGCCCUCCGCUAUUACCGCAAGGCCCCGACCGGCCACGCAAACAGCCGACAUGAUGUACCAGGGCUUCGCUGGGGAGUACGAGGCGCCUUCCUCCCGCUGCAGCAGCGCUUCCCCGGCCGGGGACAGCCUCACCUACUACCCGUCCCCGGCGGACUCUUUUUCCAGCAUGGGUUCCCCCGUCAACUCGCAGGAUUUCUGCACCGACCUGGCCGUGUCCAGCGCCAACUUCGUGCCCACCGUGACGGCCAUCUCCACCAGUCCCGACCUGCAGUGGCUGGUGCAGCCCACCCUCAUCUCCUCAGUCGCCCCAUCUCAGAACCGCGGGCACCCCUACGGCGUCCCGGCGCCCGCCCCCCCCGCCGCCUAUUCCCGCCCCGCCGUGCUGAAGGCGCCGGGCGGCCGCGGGCAGAGCAUCGGACGAAGGGGCAAAGUCGAGCAGCUGUCCCCGGAGGAGGAGGAAAAGAGGAGGAUCCGCCGGGAGAGGAACAAGAUGGCAGCGGCCAAGUGCCGCAACCGGCGGCGGGAGCUCACCGAUACGCUGCAGGCGGAGACGGACCAGCUGGAGGAGGAGAAGUCCGCUCUGCAGGCAGAGAUAGCCAACCUGCUGAAGGAGAAGGAAAAGCUGGAGUUCAUCCUGGCGGCGCACCGGCCAGCCUGCAAGAUGCCCGAGGAGCUGCGCUUCUCUGAGGAGCUAGCGGCCGCCACUGCACUGGACCUGGGCGCACCCAGCCCCGCCGCGGCCGAGGAGGCCUUUGCCCUGCCGCUGAUGACCGAAGCGCCGCCGGCCGUGCCGCCCAAGGAGCCCAGCGGCAGCGGGCUGGAGCUGAAGGCCGAGCCCUUCGACGAGCUGCUUUUCUCCACGGGGCCGCGGGAGGCCUCCCGCUCGGUGCCUGACAUGGACCUGCCCGGGGCCUCAUCCUUCUACGCGUCGGACUGGGAGCCGCUGGGUGCUGGGAGCGGUGGGGAGCUGGAGCCUCUCUGCACCCCUGUGGUGACCUGCACCCCGUGCCCUAGCACCUACACCUCCACCUUUGUCUUCACCUAUCCCGAGGCGGACGCCUUCCCCAGCUGUGCUGCUGCGCACCGGAAGGGCAGCAGCAGCAACGAGCCCUCGUCUGACUCCCUCAGCUCCCCCACCCUGCUGGCCUUGUGAGGGGCUCGCCCCGCACUGACUGACCUGCCGGGCCCCCUCCCCUGCCCACGCACCCCCAUGGACUCGCCACGCCCCCCAGGGCCUGGGGAGGGCACUGCUGCUGCCACCCCCCUGUCCAGCCGGGGCCCGGGGCCUGGUGGAGUGCCUGGGCCCAUACCUCCUCCAGAGAUGUAGCAAACCGCAUGGAGUUUGUCUUGUCCCCAACGGCCCAUCUGUGAGAGCUGGUAGUCUGUAGCAUGUCCCACAUGGCUGGGUUGGUGACUCCCCCCCUCCUUAGUAUCACUAGCAUUAACUAAUUAAUCCCUUGGUUUUAAAUGAUUGGAAUUAACCUGGUGCUGGGUAUCUCCAACUUGUAUCUAGUGCAGCUGAUUAACAAUAACUACUGUGUUCCUGGCAAUAUCGUGUUCUGAUGACUUAGCAAUGACCCAUCUUACGUGGGGGGGGAAAGAGACUCUAUUUUAUUUUCUAGUAGGUAGAUGAAUAGCUAUAUCCAUGUACUGUAGUUCUACAUCGAUGUUCAUUGUAACUUUACUGAUCAUGCAUUGUUGAGGUGGUCUGAAUGUUCUGACAUAAGUUUUCCAUGAAAACGUUUUUAUUGUGUUUUUAAUUUAUUUAUUAAGAUGGAUUCUCAGAUAUUUAUAUUUUUAUUUUAUUUUUUUCUACCUUGAGGUCUUUUUUGACAUGUGGAAAGUGAAUUUGGAUGAAACUUAAGCAUUGUUUGCUUAUUAUUGUUCAGAGACAUUGUCAAUAAAAGCAUUUAAGUUGA